CAAAUUUCGUUUUUAUCUACUUCCUGUUUUGUUCGCGCCUGUGAUUUACUUUGUUGUGACUUGAAAUUUUCAUGAAAAUGUCAAUAAAUUUACACUUUUCUUAAGAACGCUUAUAGUCAAACAUUAACAAUGAACAGAAAAAGCAGAUCGAAAGAGAAAAUGACAAGUUUGCGACCAAGACCUGUAACUGCUACAGUAACAAAACCAAAAUGGAUGCAGCCGGAAGCGAUUGUUGGUCCAAGAUCGGCCUCUGUAGAAUCUCGGGGCUCGACUGCCUCAUUAACUUCAGUCCUAGAUCAUGAUAGCUACAUCAGCUGCAGUGAUGAUGAAGAUGAGUUUGAGGAUAAGAGAUCUCCAAGACAAUCUGAGGUAAAAAGGCGACCAGGAAAAGAAAAUGUACCAAUUAAAAAUCAACAAGACAUUCAUAACAAUACUUUUAAUGUGAAGCAUAAAAAAGUAAUGAAGAAGAAAGUAAUCAGAAAGUUUGUAGAAUCCUCUGUAACUGAUGAUACUGAAGCAGAUUCUCCUGAACCUGGUAUGUCUCCAUGGGAACAGUGGCUGAUUGAUAAAGUGAAGGAAGAUAGAGACAAGAGAAGAGAAGAAAGACAAAAAAAGAGAGAAGAGAAAAGAAAGAAAGAUGAAGAAGCAGCUAUUCAACAGAGAAAACUUCAACAAGCAGAGUUAGUUAGAAAAGAAUGGGUAGAGAAGAAAAACUUUGAAGAAACUUUAAAAAAGAAAGUUGAAAAGCAAAGAGAAAAAACUGAGAAAAUGAUUAAAGAGGAGAAAAAGAAAAUGGAAUCUGUUAAAGCUGAGAGGAUAUUUGAAGAGUGGAAAGAAAAGAAGAAAGAAGAAGAAAAAGAGAAGAAACGAAAAGAGAAACAAAAACAGGCUGAAGAAGAAAGGUUAAGAAAGAGUCAGAAAAUAAAAGCACAACAACAGUUUGAGGAGUGGUGUAGGAAGGCUGAUAGUAGACCGAAACCCAUGCCAAACAGUUUUGGAUAUACAUCAGGAAAACUUACAGGUUACCAUGACACCUGUGCCUAUCCAGUACCAACAUUCUACAAUCCGAUGCCAUGGCAACCUAUACAUAUACCACGGCCGGCAUCAGAGAGAAAACCAAGAAGACGAACAAAGACAAGACCAAAAUCUGCCUGGAACCCGGAGAAAUACAGAUAAUGACAAACUUUCAUGACAGCAAAAUUUAUUUAUUUUAAUAUGUUCAUAGAGGUGUAUCAUUUAGCUACAGAAAAUAUACAAAUAGUUCAUAGAUUAAAAAACGUUGUUAACAUACAACUUUGUUUUUCUUGUCAAGAAAACUAUGUACAAACUUUUUUAUUUAGAGUACCAGUAAUAACCUCUUAUAAUGGUGAAUUAUAGAAAUACAUGAAAUAAAUUGAAUCAUUUUAAAGCACUAUAUCCUUGCAGAGACAGUUGUGCCUUAAUGUGAUGUCUUGAAUUUAUUUGUGAAUUUAUUUUUUAUGCAUUUAAUUUAAUAUCGUUUCAAUGAAAUCGCUAAUAAAGACUUUUUAGUCUACUGUUAAUGUAUAUACAUGUAUAUUGUAAGGAUUUAAGGCAUUGUCAUGUAUUGUAUUAUUUUCUCUUUUUCUCCACAUUUUCUUAUAAGACAUAAACUUUUAUCUGAUUGUCUCCAUGGCAACACAAAAUGUUACUGUUUGAUUUGUGAUUUUAUAAAGUCAAAUAUUUCAUUUGGAUUUAAUGAAGUAUAUAUAUAUUUUGUAUUAAUUUGCUAAUGUCUCAACGGUAUGUAUGAUCCCUUUGAUCAGAAUGUCAAUGCUGAAACAAUUUAAAUUGACUUCAGUUUUGAUAUAUAAAUUUCUACAUUUCUUCCUAUCAGUUUUAUCUAUAUCCAGAUGUACAUGAGUGAGACUUUAAAAAAAGGUUUGGAGCACUAAAUACUGUAUUCCAGUAUAUACCGGGCAAGGUACUUGACUGAUUGAAUGCUAAAAUCUCGCAUUUUCACCCAACAGAAUGAACUUUAAAAUGUCUAAUUCUUCUCUACACCAAUUUAUAUACUAUAAUGAAUGAAAAAUGUAAGAAUUGGAGAAAAAAACGAUAUUUAUCAAUUUUGUGAUCAUGAUUUCUGCAAGUGUCUAGAGAUACUUCUCCAAAAUGUUAACAUUAACUCAAAUAAUAGGCUGGAAGUUAAUGUUUAUUUGGUUUGGUUUUUUCAUUUAUUUAAGAAAUCCUCCAUAAUUCUCACUCAGAUAAAGGCUUGUUUUAAAUAACAACUUGUCACAAUUUAUUUUAUGAAUUGAGGCAGUGUUUCAAAGUAAAUAUAGAAUUUUAGCUUACUUAUAUCACAGAAUAAAUGUACAUGUACCUUACUUUGAUCAAGUUUCCUUUCUUCAAUUUCUCAUGUUUUAUUGUUUUAUUUAUUGUUUUAAGAUUGAAACGUAAGACCUGUUUUUACUGUAGAUUAAUUUUAAUGAGCAAUUUAUCUCUGAAAUAUCAGAAGAAAAUGUUCAGGUGAAAGAGUAUUGUUAGUUUAACUACGUGAUUAAAUAUUUCCUAUGAUUUAAUGCAUCUAUGUUUCCAGGUUUUAUUUUCCGUAUGAAAAUAGAAAAAAAUGAGAAACAUUCUAGGGUUUGUGUAUCAAUUUAAAACGUCAUUCUAUGGAAAUUUCAAAUGAAUUAAUGGAGUAUUGAAGAAGAAGAAAAAAGACAAAAGAAAAACAGAACAUAUUUAUUCUUGUCAGGUUUUGCUUUUUUAUUCAAGUCUUUAAAGCUUUAUGUUUGGUGUGCAUUGCAUUUUUAAGAUUUUUAUUUUAAGAAUGAAUUAAUGAUAUAAUUUUUAUAUAAUUCUUAGUUUAAAACUCUUGUUACACACCCAGCUAUUUUUUUUUUUGAUAUGAAAGAUGACAUUAAUUUUGUGUACAAUAUUUUAUCAUUUUAAUGUUAGGUUGUCUGUAAAAAAUUCUACGUAAUUGAAAAGUUCAGGCUAAAAUAUGAAAUGAAGGUGCUACAUCCAUGCUCCAAAUUGUACAUUUAUUCUAGAUCAAGAAGCAGUCGGUGUUUUAAUUGACCUUUAUGUGACAUUUUUGUUUUUAAUGUUACAUGUAUGGACAUAGUCAUUUCAUUAUUGUUUACUCUGUAAUGAAUAAAGAUUUUCAUUGUCAUUUUUUUAAUGGAAAAUUAAAGAUUUAUAAAUGUUAAUUAUGUUUGUAAAUGGCUGUUUUCAUCUUGUGCAUAGUAAUUCUGUUUGUAUUAGUAUAAUCUAACUGUAUGUUUAUCAGUCAUUAGGUAAUUACUAGUACCAUUUAGUUAUUUUAUUUGUAUACACUGUGUAUUUUGUUUUGUUAUUGAUAACAUUAAGCUUUAUCUUUUAUUGAUUAAUGUAUAUAAAGUUUUCACCUACUAACUACUAACUGACAUACACAGUCUGAUGUUACAUCAGCAAAGACCAAACAGUACCAUUAACUUGUAGUCUACACUACAUUGUCUACACUACAUUUAGUUGUUCUGAUUUCAAAUAUGAUGACUGGCCAAAAUAGAACAUUGUCCAGUGGAGCUUCUUUUAGGCCAUUGCCCUCAUUGGGGAUCCUUUUAGGCCAUUUGCAGUGGAGUUCCUUUUAUUUAUUAUAUAAUAUCAAGUUAAACGUUAAUGUGUUAGCCAUAGUGGUAAUAAAUCUAUGUCAGACCCACAUUUUACAUUGUUGCCAUCCAACCAGGUUCUAAAUUGUUAACUAAGCUCAAGAUUGAUAUAUUUGUAUUUAACACCCCUGAAUUCACAAAUGGACAGUUCCAAAUCCAAGCCAGGGCAAGUUCAUUUCAUAAAUACAGUCAGAGUAAGGCAUAAUGAUAACAUUUUACAGGAGAGGGCAAAUUCAGGUAUAAAUUGGUGAUGCUUUUUGUCAUAGUAAAUUAUUUUUUUGUAAAUUAUUUAUGUUUUAAUUUAAAUGUUUGCUUUUUGCUUUAAGUGACAAUUAUUUAUGUUUAUGUACAUUUUUAAAAAAAGUAUUCAUUAUCAUUCAAGAUAUAUUGUUAGCUUUUAUAAAUACAUAUUUCAGUUAGUCAGUUAGAAAAUGCAAUAGCAAAAUCCUGAUUUCCGUCCAUUCUAAUUCUAUCUAGAUCAAAUAGCAUGUAAUUCUCACAACUCUGUGUGAACAAUUCAAAAUUAAUACUUCAAACAUAGAACUUGUAAACCAGAAGUUUUCUACUUUAUAGAUCUCUAAGUCUUUAUUUUUGUAGACAAAUUUUAGUAUAUAUAUAACAUGACUGACUAGAAGAAUAUUAGACAGGGGGGAUAUGUCAAUAAUGAGACUGACUAGAAGAAUAUUAGACAGGGGGGGAUAUGUCAAUAACAUGACUGACUAGAAGAAUAUUAGACAGGGGGGAUAUGUCAAUAAUGAGACUGACUAGAAGAAUAUUAGACAGGGGGGAUAUGUCAAUAAUGAGACUGACUAGAAGAAUAUUAGACAGGGGGGAUAUGUCAAUAAUGAGACUGACUAGAAGAAUAUUAGACAGGGGGGGAUAUGUCAAUAAUGAGACUGACUAGAAGAAUAUUAGACAUGGGGGGAUAUGUCAAUAAUGAGACUGACUAGAAGAAUAUUAGACAGGGGGGAUAUGUCAAUAAUGAGACUGACUAGAAGAAUAUUAGACAGGGGGGAUAUGUCAAUAAUGAAUUUAACUUAGAAAGGUAUGAUUAAUCUACCGGUAUGUAGCAUCAUGAUCCUUUGUCAAUAUAAUGUCAUUAUAAUGUUAUUAUAAAUUGUUUUUGAUAUUUUGUUUCAGUUAACCUCGGGUUAUACCCAUGAAUACACUGCUACAAUUUUAGAUCUGAAAAUACUUCUGUCAGCUGUAGGUUUGGUUAAAAAAAAGUUUCUAGCACAGGAAUGUUGUCAGUUUAUAUUGUACAUUUUUGCAUGUGCUGCUCAUUUGCUAACCAUUACUAGUUUUACAUUAUUACUUUUAUUUGUCUGUGAUAGAUAUUUAUCUUUUUUUGUGAAAUAAAUUAUACUUUAACAUGUU